UGUGACAAUCAAGUUGAAAAGGAAACAAGAAUUAAGAAGACAGAAGAAUAUAGUUUGAAUUUACAUAAUAUUCCAACAUCUUCUCGUUUAAAGCAAAAAAACAAGGAAAAUUGUUUAUUUCAUUUCGCUCCCGGCCAACGCAACAUAUUCCGGUUGAAUUCAAAAUUGCAUUUUUCAGAUUUACAAAAUAAGCAGAGAAAACAAAAUUCCCUUUUAAGUGCGAAGAAAAGCUAUGAAAAAGUGAAAAACGAGAGCAAGAGGACGGCAAAAAAUUACAAAUGUUGAAAAGAAAACUUUUGUAGGAAGAGAAGUGCGUAAGUGAAGUGCAAAAUAAUCAAGAAAUAACUAGACAAGGAAUAAAACAUAAAAAAUAGCCAAAAUAAUAUUAAAACUAAAUUAUAGCAAAUGCUUAUUAGAAGUAAGAAGAAGUGAGGAAAAGAAAACAUAUUCAUCGAACACUAAUUUCGAUUCAUCAAUAGACAAAAAAAGAAAGCAAGUGGUAAAACAGAAACAAAAACUUGAGCCAGCGAGGCUUCUACUGAAUACAAUAAGACGAAAAAAAACCAACCAAACAACCAACGCGGCAGAGAUUUGCUACCAAAGGCAGAAAAGAAGCAAAGCAGAAGUAGCUUAACGAAGAAGCAACAGUGGUCGUGGUGGGAAUGCUGGAGCGGAGCACCCCCACAGCAGCAGACCACCUCAAUCAAAAUUUCCAAAUAUUUUGUUAUUGUUUUAAUCACAUAGAACAAACACCAAGAUAAAUUUUUCGUUUUUAUUGGGAUAUUGAUCUGGAUUAUUACAUUAAAAGACUUGGCAAUAAAUUAAAGUAUUAACAUUUUAUCUACGUCUGAAAAUAACAUGAGCAAAGCGUGCGAAAAACUACUGCAGUGAGUCAAACAGAAUACUAGCUGCAUUAGCUAUACUGCAUCAGAAUUAGUCAAACAUCUGCUGCCGCCAACACCAUUACAGUCUCCUCGGCCACACUAUUAACUUUGAUCAACGAAAAAGUUGGUGUACAUCGCUUUCCGCAGACACCACCGCCAGCUAGUGUAUCGGUAUCAACAUCGUUGCUCUUAAGCAAAUCAACUGCAACAACUACAGCACGCACUUGGCGGACAUAUCCGCAAACGUUUACCAAGGCAUUACGCACCACAACUCGACGCUCUGUGCCACCGCCAUCCAAGCGUGCCGCCACCGUUGUUGCUGCCAAAGGUGCAGCUAACAAUACUGCAGCCACCAUGGCCUGGACAGAGAAAGUGGAUCCCGAGCUAAUUUUCACGAAGCAAGAAAGGAUCGGGAAAGGUUCCUUCGGCGAGGUAUUCAAAGGCAUCGACAAUCGAACGCAACAGGUCGUGGCGAUCAAGAUAAUUGAUUUGGAAGAGGCGGAAGAUGAGAUCGAAGAUAUACAACAGGAAAUUAUGGUACUGUCACAAUGUGACUCACCGUUCGUUACGAAGUACUAUGGAUCGUACCUUAAGGGUACAAAGCUAUGGAUAAUUAUGGAGUAUUUAGGCGGCGGUUCGGCGCUGGAUCUAAUGAAAGCUGGUUCUUUCGAGGAAAUGCACAUCGCAAUCAUAUUGCGAGAAGUGCUAAAGGGUCUGGACUAUCUGCAUUCGGAACGCAAAUUACAUCGAGACAUCAAAGCGGCCAAUGUUUUGCUAAGCGAAAUGGGUGAUGUAAAGUUGGCUGAUUUCGGUGUUGCUGGCCAGUUGACGAACACAACGUCGAAACGUAAUACAUUCGUAGGUACGCCAUUUUGGAUGGCACCCGAAGUGAUAAAGCAGUCCAUGUACGAUUCGAAAGCGGACAUUUGGUCACUGGGCAUCACAGCAAUUGAAUUGGCCAAGGGUGAGCCGCCCAAUUCGGAGUUGCAUCCAAUGAGAGUUUUAUUUUUGAUACCGAAGAAUAAUCCUCCACAACUAACGGGAAACUAUACGAAAUCGUUCAAAGAUUUUGUGGAAGCGUGCCUUAAUAAGGAUCCUGAAAAUAGACCGACAGCCAAGGAACUAUUGAAAUAUCCUUUUAUCAAGAAAGCCAAGAAGAACUCGUACCUUAUCGAUUUAAUUGAUCGUUAUAAAAAAUGGAAGCUGCAGAAGGGUGAUGAAAGCGAAACCGAAUCGGAGAAUUCAGAUUCUGACGAAUCGAAACCCGGCGGCAAUAAUGACGAACCUUGGAUAAUGACCGUCAAAGGGCUCAGCAUCAAUAAUGCGCCACGCGAAUCGAUUGCAAAUAGCAGCUUUAAGGAGAUGGAACACAUGAAAAUAGCACAGAAAUUAUCACAAAGCAGCGGAGCAACGCCGAUCGCAAUUAAUGCGGCCAACAAACACUAUCCGGGUAGUGGCGCAACUUCGGUAGCGUUGUCACCGUCCGCCACAUCGCAACAACAGCAAUUGCACGACAACAUGGCGGGCAGUCCGCCCGGUAAAGCUACGCUAACAUCAUCGUCCUCGUCCGCAGCUACGCAACGCGAUACCAACUUAAAUCAUUACAAACAAGCAGCGGCUUCGGCUGGUGUACUACGCUCAUCCAGCUCUAAUAUAACGCAUCAACCGCUCAGUCCAACACAUAAGCAAUCGUCGGGCAGCCAAGAACUGCUAUCGUCGUCGAGCGGCAGCAAUUCGCCAAAUGCUGAUGGUAUGAAGAAGAUCAGUAAUAGCAGCAGCAGCAAUGCGGUCUUCCAAGAGUCCAAAUCGAACCUAAGGCAGAGUCGCUCCGCUUCACUAGAUGACGAACACGAACAGCGACGCUCAUCGCUCAUCGAGCAUGCCAAAAGCGAAGAUCAACUGCGUGAAGAAGAAACGCGUGCGCAGCGGCGUAGUAUGCAUGCCAGCGGCGUGUCAUCCAACUCGUCGCCGAUGCUUAGCUCCAGCUCGAGUGGUGGCAAUUAUAAUGGCAAUGCAGCAUUGUCGAAUAGUAGUGCGCAUGGCGAGCGUUCAUAUGGCGCAGCAUUGGAAGUGUCCGCAUCGGCGUCUGCCUCCGCCACAGCUGUGUCGUCCAAUAAUUCCAAUCACAAAUUGGGUGGCAAUCGUGUGAUGCAGACGAAUAGCGCAUGUCUGAACAAUUUCCUCUUUCCAGUUCUUACAGAUAUUCAACGAAAGUACGCCAAUUCGAGCAAAAAUUCAAACGUUACGGACAUUGGUGACUUAAAGUCAGUAUUGGAAUUGGCCGAGCGUAGCAGUCCAGGUGUCAGUGAUUUGUUCCUCAAAGAGAUAAUUCACAAACUAGUUCCAGGCUACUCAGAGACGCGUAUUAACAAUAUUAUGGACAGGGCUAUCAGAAAUAAGAAGUAAACGAACACAAUGGUACAUGGACUGAUUUUAAGUAAAAACAACAACAACAACACGAAAAAAUAUCUAAAUGUUAUGAUAUUUAAAUAAUAAAUAUACCAGUUUGGAGCGAUUGGAACAUGUGCAUAUAGCAAAUAUUUUAGAAAUUGCGACAAAUGCGCAACUAAGCGAUAUAACACUUUAAAAAGAAAAGAAAAAGUAACUCCAUACCUAAAUAAAUUUAAAUAUAUAUUUAAAAGAAAUUUAACAAAAAGAAAAUAUGAUAAAACCAACAACAACAACAACAGUGUACUACCCCCGCAAUAUUGUUUGUUAUGAUAGUGUAAUAUUUAUUGGAUUCCAAAUAAAUCGUUGUCACACUGAUGCGUGCCGCGAUAAGCUGUUAGGUUCUCGUUUGAAGAUUAAUUAAUUGUAGAUAAUUUGAUGAAAUCAACUAUUGCAUACGAUGAUACAUUAAUUAGUGUGAAUGUAAAAUGCAAAAUACAUAUUAAAUUUAAAGAACUCUUAUAUAAAACAAACAAAAUAAACAAAACAAAUUGACUUAUUUGUGUAGUGUUUAGCUAAAUCCGCUGCUGUGAGAGAUACGCCUGUUGGCACAAUCCCACACACGGUUUUCUAAUAUAUAUUUCACAAGUUGAUUUUUUUUUUUGCAAAUGCACCACUGAAAUUGCAGUUUUAGCCUUAAAACAAGGAUACAGCGUAAAAAAGUUCUUUAAUUUCAAUUUAAACCGCAUCUAAAGCUUACUUUCUCACAUAUUUUAUAUAGAUCUUUUGCACUAAAUUUUCAGUUUUCGCUCUAAAGUAAGGAUAUAACCCAAAUAAGUACUUCAAUUUCAAUUUAAACUGCAUCGGAAUCUUAAUUUUUUAUUUUCCCCAUAUAUUUUAUAUGGAUCUUUUGCAAUAAAUCUUUUAUCUACAAAGCAUAUAUACAUACAAGUUUGAAAAAGUGAUAUUCUAAUACAAAAUAUUCCGCUUUGCAAAAAAUUUCUUAAUACUUUUUUUCAUAAACGCAUUCCUUUAAAAAUUAUACGCAGUUAAAGUUAUAUGCCAAGUGGACUUAGCAUUCAUACAAGUGAUUUAUACAUUCUAUGUUGCUCAUACGACAUGGUGUACUAUAUGAAUACAGUACAUUUGAUGUAUAACUUUAACUGCGUAUAACUUUUAAAGGAAAGUUUUCAUGAAAAUAAUACUAGAAACUUUUUUGCAGAACACUAAAUUUUGUACUAGAAUAUCUUAUCUAUUUUUUAAAGUUGUAGAUUUAUUUGCUUCAUGCAAAAUAUCAAAAUAUCCCAUGUUAUAUAUGUAUGUUUAUGGCAAAAGAAAUAUGACUUAGGCACGGUUUAAACUAAAAAUAAAAAGCUUGUUUACAUUGAAACCCUAUUUUUAUGCCAAAAACUGAAAUUUCAGGCGAGUUUUGCCAAACAAAAAUCAACCUAAGAAAUAACGGACACUCUAAUAUACAUACAUAUGUAUAUGUAUACUUAUAUCUAUGUAUGUAGUUAAAAUUAAAUUUAAAUUAAAGCAUAACCACGUGGCAGAUGCGAAAUUGUAUGAGUUCGUUUUUUUAUAAUUUAGUAAUUUUGUUUUGUUUUUGUAUUAAUUCACACACUUAAUAUUAGUUGUAAUUGUAAAAGUUAUAAAGAUAAAGUAACGUACAUAUACAUAUAUAUGAAAAAGGAAUGAAGAAAAUAACUAAAAAUUAUAAUUUAAAGAAAACGGUCUAUGUAAAAAAUAUAGUAAACUAUGUGGCAAUGUAAAAUUGAAACUAACAUGAAUGCAUACAUACCUACAUACAAUAUUAAUACUAAACAAAAAAUAAAUAAAAGAUAAUAGUAUUUAGCAAUAAAACCUACAAUACUUACAUACAUGCAUACCUAUUUGAAAAAUCAGUAACAACAAAAUGGGCAAAACGACAAGCAAGUAAAUAACAGUAAUGGCAAAUAGUUUUAACAAAGCAACAACAGUAAGAAAAACUCUAUUGAAGUAAUACAAAUAAAUUAUCGGACAAUAUUAUAAAGACUAUCAA